GUUAAACAUAGAGUGGCUUCAGCUUCAGUGUCUUAUCUUUCACUACCACUAACCGCCACUCGUUCCCUCUAAACGCUUUCCCGGACGCAGUGGCGACUCGCGCAACUCCUCCAAUAGAUGGCGCUUUUGAGCCCUCAGUUGCAGAGAUUCCUCCUCACGAAGCUCCACCACCGCAACAACAACAACCACAUCAACAAUUCCAAAACUAGCCUCCUCACCAGACGAGCUAGAACCCAAUGCUGCUCCGCGAUUGCCAUCGACCCGCCGUCUUCUUCACUAACCGGAGUCUCGGGGAUCCGCUGGGGGUCCACGAGCUUGAAGGGUGCACGAGAUGAGAUGGAGGACGACGUAGUUGUCCGAUCCGACGGACUCGAGGGGUUCUCCUUUGCCGCUGUCUUUGAUGGCCACGCAGGGUUCUCUUCAGUCAAGUUCCUCAGGGAUGAAUUGUACAAGGAAUGCGUGGCGGCUUUACAAGGUGGAUUCCUAUUGCGCGGGAAGGAUUUCGUUGCCAUAAGAAAGGCUUUACAAGAGGCUUUCGAAAAAGCUGAUAAAAAGUUAUUGGAAUGGCUUGAAAUAAAUGGAGAAGAAGAUGAAUCCGGUUCAACAGCCACUGUUAUGCUCCUUGGAAAGGAUACUUUGUUUAUUUCACAUAUUGGUGACUCGUGUGUGGUGCUAUCACGUUUUGGAAAAGCAGAAAUGCUGACUGAUGCUCAUCGACCUUAUGGAAGCAGUAAAGUCUCUCUUCAAGAGAUCCGUAGAAUCAGGGAAGCAGGUGGAUGGAUAGUCAAUGGAAGGAUUUGUGGAGACAUUGCUGUAUCACGUGCUUUCGGUGACAUGCGAUUCAAAACCAAGAAGAAUGAGAUGCUGAAAAAGGGAGUCAAGGAGGGAAGAUGGUCUGAAAAAUUUUGUUCUAGAAUACAGUUCAACGGGGACUUGGUCGUCGCCUCUCCAGAUGUCUUUCAAGUAUCUAUUGGUUCAGACGCAGAAUUUUUACUGUUAGCAUCUGAUGGUUUAUGGGAUUACAUAGACAGCUCAGAUGUGGUUUCUUUUGUCAGGAAUCAACUUCGACAACAUGGGGAUGUUCAGUUGGCUAGUGAAGCGCUUGCACGAGCAGCUCUGGACCGGCGCUCCCAAGAUAAUAUCAGCAUUGUAAUUGCUGAUUUGGGGCAGACAGAUUGGCAGGAUUUACCCCUCCAGGAGCAGAACCUUAUAUAUGAACUGGGCCAGGCUUUUGCUACCAUUGGUAUUGUGUCGCUUGGAAUUUGGAUGUCAUCUCAGCUUUCAUUGUAACUUCGAGAGUUCCUGGCCAAGUAUAUAAGUCAACAUAGUUUUUACUCUCUUUGUCUGUAUGUAUAUCAUGGUUGUAUACAUAUAUGCAUAGAAAUCCCAUAUCUUAGUUUUCUGAUUGCGCAUUUUGAUUCUACUGGCAUUCAACUGCUACUUUAAAUCAAUCAAGUCCUCAGUUUUGCAAAGUUGUGGGUUGAGGCUUCAUUAUCUAGUCUAGUCCUUGUUUCUUUUGAUUCACAUGCGCAUAUGCUGAAUGUUUUAUUAGUCCUAUUCAGUAAAGAUACCUCGCAAUUACCUGU